GGUCCACGUGCCCUCAUCUUGUUGACCCGCCACCAUGUCUGCGGUAAACCCGGUGAACCCCAAACCUUUCAUGCAGGAGCUCACUGGCAAGCCGGUCUUCGUCAGGCUAAAAUGGGGCCUCGAGUACAAAGGGUUCCUUGUUAGCACGGAUGGGUACAUGAACCUUCAGCUGGCCAAUACCGAGGAGUUCCAGGAUGGCAAAUCGAACGGGGCACUGGGCGAAGUUUUCAUUCGGUGUAACAACGUCCUAUAUAUUAGAGAGGCGCCUUCAGAAUAGAUCUGGGCGACAUACUCGCCCUUCAAAACCAGGCCGAAGUAGUAAGCAUGCCCCUUCAUGUUGCAGAAUGCGUCGUGGCUUUGAACAGUCCAAGAUCAGUCGGUCCGUUGGUCGAGCUCCGCUUGCUGUAAUCUAUAUGUAAGUUGGGAACUACGGGGUGUCGUGUAAGGUGGGGAUCACAACGUGUUUCCUGCAUGAUAUCGGGUACAAUGUAUUGGUCGUCUCGUGAAUGCAAUAGGAUUGUAGAGUCCUGGGGUUUAGCUGUC